UUUUAAUGUUUCUACAGUUGGAGAUGUAGCCUAAGAUUUUUGUUUCAAUAGAUAUUUAUUAUCGAGUAUCAGUUUAUCACAUACAUUUACAUUUAAAACGUUAGUGAGAACACAUGGAGACUAAAAUGCCGGCGCGAAAGCGUAUUAGUCUGGAGGAAGAGUAUAGUAAGCCGACUGGUAUCACUGCAGAUGAUAUUGCCAAGCUACGCCAAUGGUUGGACACUCAACCGCAUCUGCCGAAGAACCUUACCGAUCUAGAUCUGAUCCUGAUCUACCACAAAUGCGACCGCAGCAUCCAAGUCUCCAAACAGGAGAUCGAUAAUCAGUAUACCCUAAGAACGUUGUUUACAUCCUUCUUCAAGGACCGAAGCUUAAAUAAGGAUAUUGAAAAUUUCUUCCUGACCGCGCUCGUCACUAUCCUGCCGAAUCGCUCCAAAGCGGGCGAUGCGAUCUUUUACGCUAGGAUUUUGGACACAGAUGUCAACAAGUUUGACUUCGCCAGCGCUAUUAAGGGUGUCUUUAUGAUGCUGGACCUAUGGCAGUACGAGGAAGGAACAUGGCCAGGACUGACCUUCAUCUUCGAUUUGCAAGGAAUAAAAAUGGGCUUACUGUCCAAAUUGGACAUACAGAAUAUACAACAGUUCGUAGCUUAUUUCCCUGAUGCAAUAUUAGCGAAAUUCAAUGGUCUGCACUUCAUAAAUACGCCCACGUUCAUGGACCGCGUGAACACACUCACAAAAGCGUUCUACAAGAAUGAGAAUAUUCAGAAGUUCAUCGUCCAUCAAAACGGUAGCAACACCUUAGAGCAGAUCAUUGAUAUUGAUAUCUUGCCUAAGGAAGCUGGUGGCAAGUUUAAGAGCUUAGAGGAGUGUCAACAAGAUACAUUAGAAAAAAUACGAGCAAACGAAGAUUAUUUCGUCGAGGAAAACAAGAAGAGGAUCGUUGAAGCACUAAGACCUGGAAAACCGAAGACCAUAGCUGAUUUCUUUGAUAGUGUCGAGGGCUCCUUCAAGAAACUGGAAAUUGAUUAGCAUUAGAUGCAAGCGGGGUGUGAGGGAAUCCCUCUCGGUAGAUUGGGGAUUGGCUGUGCUCUGUGCAUUACCAGCAUUCCUUUGAGAUCCAGCAUCACUAGCUACUUAUUUCAAGUUGUGAUGAAAUAAAAAAUAAAGCGAAAACGUGAAUUAACUACUAAUCUAACGCAAAUGGGACAUUAAAUUCACUUGAUAGAUUAAGCAAAGUGACCCGCAAUCUAAAGUGAACGCAUUGAGCGGACGCUCCCCGCGUUCACACGAGGCCGUUGACCCCACGCUGUAACGAAUUUUUGGAUGCUCUACAUUGCGCGUACUGCAAAAGCGUUUUUAAAUAUUUUCAUCUCAGCAUCAGAAGGACAAUUUAAUUUUGUUGACGAGACUUCGUCGACAUAAUUAUGUCUACUACAGAUGUAGAAAGAACGAAGAUCUUUCAAUCAAAAUAGUGAAUAUUAUUAUGAACAUCUCGGUAUAUUUAAAUCAAUAUAUUGACAUAUGCAAAGAAUGACAAUAAAACUCAUAUUUAGCUAAAACUGAGUGACAAUGUUUUGCAUAUAGUACAUACGAGCUUCCCUUUAAAAUAUAGUCCUUUUAUAUAUUUCCCUACCUAUUCUAGGGCAUAUUCUAGUUACGGACAGGCAAGAUAAUGCAAAAGAUGUGUGUGAAAUAUGGCAAAAUUACUGACCAAAAGUACUUAAUAGAUCAGGAAUAAAUCAAAUCGGAUUUUCCUUCCAAAUAUCAAUCUAUAUGCAUAAAAGUCCAUAUGUUGAUUGUAUACUCCGCACCGGCUGGAAGGAUUUUGAUGAGAUUUUCAGGAAAUCUUUAAAUUAGCUUAACGGUUCGUCCUGUUGAGUUUGGUAGCAAUCGGGUAUAAAUCAAAUGUAAUACCGGAGUUGUUUUUUAAAAGAAAUCUCCAGAUGUCAGUAAAUAAGUUCAUAUUUUAGAUUAUUCAGCGAAAAAUAUACAAUAUAAAAUUUACACGCGAAAAAUAUUUUCGUUUACCCAAUAAAUAAAUGUCUGAAUAAUGAAGGUAGAAUUGAUUAGUUUACAAAUAAAGUAUUUUUAUCAUAAUUUUAUGAUUACUUGAACAAAUUUUAAUUCAAGUUCGUUAAUCAAUUUUGGAUGUGCAGCAUAUAUUUUAUAUUUUUUAUUAAAUUAACAAACACGCUACUUGAGCAGUGCAAUUGCCUCGAAAACAAUUUACAAACAAUUUUUCAAGGUUGAGUUGCUUUGUGUAUGUACUUGUAAUUUUUUUUGUCCUAACAAUUUUUGUUGUUUUGUCUCCUCCGUGUUUUCAUUAACAAAAAUUAUUAAUUUAUUUGUCAAAACUAAGUAUAAUAAUUAAAAUAUUUUAAAUGCA